AUUUCAGCUCGUAGUGAACCUUAUUAUUGGAAAUCGGUGCAUUGCCAUGUUGAUAAAAUGACCUGUUCGAUUGGCUUAGUUUUUCUCAAUAAAUAUUUACUCAGCAGCCAUGAACUACAGCUUAAUGCACCUCUCAUCGUCACUUGGUUCCAGUGUGUGAUCACCGUUGUUUUAUGCUUCUCUCUGUCAUUUCUAUCGAAAACUUUCCCUCACACCAUCAAUUUUCCGCGAAUGACGAUCGAUGCGAAACUUAGCAGAGAGAUAUUACCACUUUCUGUUGUCUUCGUUGGGAUGAUAUCUUUUAAUAAUCUUUGUCUCAAAUAUGUUGGAGUAUCAUUCUAUUACAUUGGACGUAGUUUAACUACUGUUUUCAACGUCAUUUGUACAUACAUAAUUCUUGGCCAAAGCACUUCUGGACGGGCGAUAUGCUGUUGUGUUUUAAUUAUUGCUGGUUUUUUGGUGGGAGUUGAUCAAGAGGAUGCUUCUGGCUCCCUUUCGGUAAUUGGAGUUUUAUACGGAGUUCUAGCGUCACUUUGUGUUGCAUUAAAUGCCAUUUAUACUCAGAGCUCGCUUUCUAUUGUUGGAGACUCCAUUUGGCGAUUAACAAUGUACAACAACCUUAACGCUAUUAUGCUGUUUCUGCCACUGAUGCUUUUAUUUGGAGAAAUCGGCGAGCUGAUGUAUUUUCCACGACUGUUUAGUCCAGUGUUUUGGACAUGGAUGACGCUUUCAGGUGUUAUGGGUUUUCUUAUGGGGUACGUUACAGGAUGGCAAAUUCAGGCCACCUCUGCUCUUACCCACAACAUAUCAGGUACUGCAAAGGCUGCUGCGCAAACAGUUAUAGCAGUUAUAUACUUCUCAGAAAUCAAGACAUUAAUGUGGUGGACAAGCAAUGCUAUUGUUCUAUUUGGUUCAGCAGCGUACACCUAUGUGAAGAAACAGGAGAUGGACAAGAAGGUUGGUUGGACCAAGAUUUUAUUUAUAAGUCGGAUAUUAUUUUCAAUGCCGAUAUUGGCGUUAAUUUUUCAGGUUGUUUUCAUGAAAUCGAACGACCGACGUCCGUUGAUGAGCACAAAAGUAGAUGAUGACACGCAGGUUUUUUGA